AAGUAUUUGCUCAGAAUCCAGGCACCAUAGAGUCAGCCUUUCAGGAGGCAACUCCAUCUUUGAGAUCAUUCAGUGUAGACUCCUGCUUCCACCUAUGACUCAGCUUGGAGAAUACGUCAACUACAUCAACUACAAAGCAGCCAGUGGUCGUCUCAGUGCAUGUGAGUUUUAGUGAAGAAAAUCAUUGAACAUGAUUUCCUUCUGAGAAUAGAGAGUUGAAAAGCCAACCACAGACCUGCCGGAUCUAUCUUUUGGAAAUAUGAAAAUAGACCUUCAAAAAUGCUAGCUUUACAAUGAGAAAUGUUAUAAUUCACUGUUUACUCUGUGGAUCCUUGACCCUUGGGAUCUGGACAGCCAUCUUUAGUAUCUAUUUUCACCAUAAUCAUGUGAAGAACCAGGAGAAGAAGAUCCAGGAGAAAGGAAAUCCACUAAUCUGGUCCCUCGGGAAGAAACUGCAAAUGAAAUAUAGCUCAGUGCAAAUACCAAGACUUUAUGCAAGAGUCAGAAGGCCUGAUGAAGACGAAACUACAGAACCAAUGUCAUUUUUAAAAUUAGGUAAGGAUUUUAACUAUUCGGACCCAGAACUUAUUCAAGGAUAUUCAAAAUAUGGAUUUAAUUCCAUUAUCAGUAAAAACUUGGGCAACUACAGAGAGGUCCCAGAUACCAGGAAUAAAAUGUGUCAUAAAAAACAUUACCCAUCCAACCUACCUACCGCCAGCAUUGUCAUUUGUUUCCACAAUGAAGAAUUCAGUGCCUUGCUUCGGACGCUGUCCAGUGUCAUGGCCCUCACACCACAGCACAUCCUUGAAGAAAUUAUUUUGGUAGAUGAUAUGAGUGAAUUUGAUGAUUUGAAAGAGAAACUAGACUCUCACCUGGAAAUUUUUCGGGGCAAGAUUAAAUUAAUAAGAAACAAAAAGAGAGAGGGACUGAUUCAAGCAAGGCUGAUUGGAGCUUCGCAUGCUUCAGGGGACGUUCUGGUGUUUCUGGACAGCCACUGCGAGGUGAAUAAAGUAUGGCUGGAGCCCCUGCUGAACGCCAUUGCCAAGGACCCCCAAAUGGUGGUGUGUCCUCUGAUAGAUGUCAUUGAUUAUCUGACCCUGGAAUACAAGCCCUCUCCUGUUGUAAGGGGAGCUUUCAACUGGCAUCUACAAUUUAAAUGGGAUCAUGUUUUCUCUUAUGAGAUGGAUGGACCAGAAGGACCUACUAGACCUAUCCGAUCACCUGCAAUGGCUGGAGGAAUUUUUGCUAUAAAUAGGCAUUAUUUUAAUGAAAUUGGACAGUACGACAAGGGCAUGAGUCUCUGGGGAGCAGAAAAUUUGGAACUUUCACUAAGGAUCUGGAUGUGCGGAGGCCAACUCUUUAUACUCCCCUGCUCCCGGGUAGGGCAUGUUGUUAAGCAACACGUCGGAAACUGCACUGGAAUUAUAAAAGCCUUGGCAUAUAACAGUGUCAGACUGGCGCACGUUUGGCUAGAUGAAUACAAGGAGCAGUUUUUUUUACGAAGACCUCGUCUGAAAUCUCUUGCCUAUGGAAAUAUUAGCGAGCGUGUUGAAUUAAGGAAACGAUUGGGCUGCAAGUCAUUUCAGUGGUAUUUGGAUACUGUCUUCCCAGAAUUGGAGGCAUCUAAGACAGUCUCGUGAAAGGAAAACCAAUCGUUUUCAUUAAUAAAGGGUUAAAAAGUCCCGUAGUCCUUCAACGUAGAGAAGAGGACACGUUUGGAACAUCAUGAAAUUAUGUGACAUACAGUAAGAAAUACAACCAGAAUCAUCUACAAAAGAAGUGACUUUUCUUUCCUCCUUUAAUGAUAGCUCUUUGUUUUUCA